AUGGCACCAAACCACCUCCUCCGGGCCGUGAUGCCACUCCGAACAAUGACACCACUGGCCCUGACGCGCCCAGUCCUCUUCCAAACCUCCAAGAUCACAGUCCCCCACCGCCAAAAAACAACAAGCACACAACCAAAGCCAGAAAACACCCCGCAAACCCUCACCCUGCCGUCCCGCCUGCGCAACUACGCCUCGGUCCUGAAGACAGGCACAGUCGUCUCCGUCGGCCGAAUGGACCGCACCGUCCGCGUCUGCCACAGACACAACACCUACGACCGCCACAUCGGCAAGUACUAUCCGAAGGAAACGAACUACCUAGUCUCGGACCCGCGCAACAGUCUCCGCGACGGCGAUGUCAUCGAGUUCUCGUCCGGCGCGCCAAAGAGCAAACACGUCCACCACGUCGUCGAGCGAAUCAUCACCCCGUUCGGCAGUGCUAUCUCCGAGCGGCCGACUGUGAUGUCCCGUGCUGAACGUGAAGCUGAGCGUGAGGCGCGCUGGGCCGAGAAGUACCUGCGACGGGAGGAGCGGAUUCUCGGUCGCGAGGUUGAUCUCCGGGCUGAGGUCUUGGAGAUGUUGGCUAAGAGGGGAGAGGCUGUCGAUGAGGCUGCUUUCGGGGAGUUGUCGAAAGCUCAGUUGAUUCGCGAGUAUCAUGGGGAUCAGGAGCGUGUUGGAAAGAUUAAGAAGCUUGUAAGGGAGAGAAUGGAGAUGGAGUAG